AACACAGGAUCCAACAAAACCUGAAAGACCGACCGGGUCUGCUCUACAGUUUAGUUUGAGGCAACCAAACAAAUCAAGAAGCGAGCGAUCGGUUGCGAAGAGUACCGACGGUGGCACAGAACAGCUGUUGAUGAUAAAAAUGUCCAUAACGGCGACGGCAAAGAUGGCGAUGGCGACGACAAUGAAUGCGAAGGCUCCCUUGUCUCGUACAUUGCUCGUGCUUUCGGUGCUAGCGCAUUUGUUCUGUGGCCUCGAGGUAGCUUCCGCUGCCGACGCUGUCGAAGGAGACUAUUCUGGAUGGUAUACUUCUACCGGAGAAAGUUUCGAUGGAUCCUCCACCACCUCUUUUCCACCGCCCGGAUUUGCUGGAUCGCCUGGGUUGUCGCCUGGGACAGAACUUAAAAAGUGUAUGUUCGGAGGAAGCAUGAUUGUCGUGGAAGAAAAGCAGAUCAUUCUCCUGACAGAGACCCUGCUGGUGGACGGGUGCUUGCUGGACUGCGGCAAAAAGAUGCUCCAGAGCACCGUAAAGGACGGACCCAUCGUAGCGGUGCGCAACGGCGGGCACGUCAGGAACUGCGAGGUGGCCAUAAUCAAGCUGAAAGACAUGGUGGGGGACCUCCAGGAGAUCGAUGCCAUCGAGGGGAUCGUGACCGACAACAGUGCGCAGGUCAACAGCAUCAACGUCGAUGUUGAUGUUGUUGCGAACAAGGACGCUGGCGAGGAGGCUACCACCCCACCGACAAUCUGGGGAAGCUUCUAUGCCACUAGCUUGUCCUCGGCAUAUGGGAUUUAUUACGAACAACGGAAGAUUUUCGAAAACACCAGCACCGCUGGCUUUCUCUGCGACAAGGGAGAUUGCCUGCUGGAGAACGUUUCUUGUGGUGCCUACCCCGCAGGGGAUGACGUCCACUUGCUUCUCAUGCGGGAAUGCGUCCUGGUCCGACCGGGUGCGGCCACCGUGUCGAUCAAGGGGGGGAACAGCGACGACCCGAGCACCGGGAAGUCACUCGUGACCAGCGUGGACCAACGGGCAGUGAGCGCCUAUGGAAUCGUAGUGGACGCCGGUCCCAAUCCCGAAAAAGAGGCAGCAGAGGGCAGCGGGUUCAAGUUCUACACCCCGGCCGACUACGAGGACCUCACCAAGGCACGCUUGCUCGUGGACAACGUCCGCAUCGAGUACCAGGUCUAUGAUGGAAUCAAGAUCAUUGGGGGAGUGAACACGGUCCGCGUCACAAAUUCGGUGCUGUCCAAGAACGGGGGCGACGGAAUCGAGGUCACCGGAGGCGAUGGUCUCGAAAUGUUUGCGGUUCUUGGUGGCGCCCUUGAGGACAACGAAAAGAAUGGCAUCGAUGUGAUUCAGGUUGAUAUCGGUGUCUCCUCCCCGUCGAAGACAAAAAUGCUGCUUUCGGACGUUCUCGUGAGGAACAACAGCAAGGACGGUAUUCUUGUGUACAGCAUCGGCGAGCUCACCAUCGAUGGUGCCAUGAUCGAGAAGAACGCACAGAGUGGCAUAAGCAUCAGAGAAGUCAGCGUGAUAAACCUACAGGGGGUUGUUUCCAAGUUCAAUAUCCUGAACGGUCUGUCGGUGGAAGCCGAAGGCUCCGACGUUGUAGUUGCCAACUGCGUCUUCUUGACGAACGGGUACGACAUCACAAACAUUCAUGGCCCCAGUCCCAAGUGGAAAAAAGCAGGCGUGUACAUGUGGCUAUCCAAGUCAGCCACGAUUUCAAAUAGCGCCUCUAUCGGCAACAGCAUGGACGGGAUUAUUCUCUAUGACGUCGAAAGUGUGUUUCUAUCCGGGGUCGACGCCAGCAGGAACGGAGACGAUGGAAUCCARAUACGGGAAGCCGACGCGUCGUACGGCUACGAUUACACCGCCAACACCGAUUACUUGGUCGGUGCCUAUUAUUACCCGUGGCACGGAGACGACUUUCACAACGGUGGAGGCUACCUCCGAAAGGAACUCAAGCCGCCCCAGCAGCCGUCGCUUGGGGAAUACAACGAUUCCGAUCCGGAAGUGAUCAAACAGCACAUGGAAUGGUUUCGCAAGUCCAACAUCGGCCUCCUUGUCACCUCCUGGUGGGGUCCCGACCGCAUCGAGGAUACCAACACCCGGGAUGUGCUCAUGGAACACAGCAGCAUUGGUAAUCUCAAGAUCGCCCUGCACUAUGAGACCACUGGACGAAUCAAGGAGGGAGACGAAAGCAUGUCCGUUCCCCAGAGCGAUAUCCAAUACAUGUGCGACAACUACUUCGACCACCCCAACUACUACAAGAUUGACGGACGUCCGGUGCUGGUCAUCUACAUCUCGAGAAAACUCGAACAGCUCGGCACUCUGGAAAAGGCCCUGUUGACCAUGAAGAGCGCAGCGAGCAAGURCGGACACAAUCUCUACCUCAUCGGCGACGCCGUCUUUGCCAAGGCCCCCGACGCAGACGAGCCAUUUGUAUCAUUUCUCUACUUUGACGCCGUCACCAACUACGACGUCUAUGGGUCGAGCGGUGCCUCGAAGCGGGAAAAUCCAUAUGCCGGCAAGGAAGCCGUCGACGCGUACUACGCGGAGCAGGAGAAAUGGCGGAAGCUGGCCCUCGAACAGAACUGCCGCUACAUUCCACCGGUCUCCCCCGGCUACAACGAUMGAGCCGUUCGGUUCGAAAAGGACAAYCCGCCGCUGUCGCGGCGGCUGAACGAGGCAUCGGAAGAGGGGAGCCUCUUCAUGUACCAGUUGCAAAAGGCGUUGCCCCUGGUGGACCCCGCGAUCGACAACAUGAUCUUGGUCAAUUCCUUCAACGAAUGGCACGAGGACACACAGAUCGAGCCAGCAAGGGGUGUCAACUUCGACGAAGACGCUCCGGUCGGUAUGGACAACGUUGCCUCGGAACCCAUGUCUCUGACGCAUGGUCUCGAAUACGUGGGAUACGGAGAAAAGUACCUCGAUAUUCUCCGCUCCAUGACMGAUCGGCCGAAGGAUGACGACGAURCAGCAAACGGCGUCUACGAGCCAUCCUAUGUCGAGAUAAAAGACGUUCACGCCUGCAACAACGGCAAGCACGGAAUCACMUUUUUCAUCAUUGACAACAACAGUAACGGAAAAACCAGUGAGCUCAUCUUCACACCG